AUGGGUGGAAGAGAGAUGCCGCGCGCUGCGCCAGCAUCUGGCGAAGGGGACACUUUUUCAUUGCGUGCAGGCAAGACACCCGUGUCGAUUCGUCUUGUGCCGACGGUACUGCAGAUGGCGCCUCUCCUGCCGCAGCACGCCUUGCAACAUAGACGGAAACUGCAACGCCAGCGCCGCGUCGUAUGGGACGACAGGCCCGUCGUUUCUCUACGCUUCUAUGAUGUGCGUCUGGGGCCACGUAUUCAUACCAAAGUGAGAAGGCAGAAAUUUGUUGAGGUGAGGUUUCUUCGCGUUCUGUGGGACCUGCAGAGUACAUGUCAGCUGAGUUUUGUCGAUCUGACAUCCGCAAACAGUUGUUUCACCUUUGUCUAA